GAGAGAGAGAGAGAGAGAGAGAGAGAGAGAGAGAGAGAGGGCAUCUUCAUCCAAUAAAACACGCUAAACAUAACAUCUACACAUUUCUUUACCAAACAUAUAUAUAUAUAUAUAUAGAGAGAGAGAAGAGAGAGAGAGAGAUGGCAUCUUCAUCCAUGGCCUUUCAGUUUCAAGUGAGUUGCUCUCUUCAUAACAACUACGAGCACUUGAAAACCGCAUUCUCCUCUGCAGUUAAGAACUUUUAUUCAGAGCCACUCAGGGAAAAGAAUCCAACCAUGCAACAGAAAAAUCCUCAGAAGUUAAAACCCAUGUAGCCAUUCCAUGAGCUGCUACAAUGGUUGAAAGUAAUGCCACAUCACGUCUCCAAAACCAUCAAGAAUGCUACGACCAAAACGUUGGAUGCCAUUGUUGAUUUGGCGUUUGAAUUUGUUGAUAUACCACUGCAUCCAUCCCAGACAAACUUUGCACCGGUUGAGGAGCUGGGAGGACCGGCUGGUAUCACCACCAUUCAAGGGAUCAUUCCUGACGAUUUUCCAGAGGGAGUCUACAUAAGAAACGGAGCAAAUCCUCUUUUUGGAGGAUUAAAAUCAACAAAAUCAGCGUUUGGAAAAUCAAAGCAAAUUUGGAUAGAGGGAGAAGGGAUGCUACAUGCUUUGUAUUUUACCAAAAAAGACGGUAAUUGUAAAUGGACUGUCAAUUACAAUAACAGCUACGUUGAAACUGAAACUUUCAAGCAAGAAAAGCAAAAGAACAAGCCGUCUUUUAUUCCCAUCAUUGAAGGCGAUACACUGGCCGUCAUAUCAGCCGCUCUGUUCAAUUUUCUCCGAUUUGGCAAAAUAGACAAACACGUUAGCAACACCAAUGUGUUUGAGCAUUCAGGGAAGUUAUAUUCCAUUGCAGAAUCUCACAUGCCUCAAGAGAUUGACGUUUUUACAUUAGAAACUUUAGGGCAUUGGAAUCUUUCCAGAGCUUGGAAUAGACCCUUUACAAGCCAUCCAAAGGUAGUUCCAGGCACCGGGGAGCUAGUUAUAAUUGGAAUGGAUGCAAUUAAACGUCCUUAUAUUGAGUUAGGAGUAAUUUCUGCUGAUGGAAAGAAAUUAGUUCAUAGAGCUGAUCUCAAACUCGACCGGUGUCCAUUUUGUCAUGAUUUUGGGGUUACACAGAGGUACAAUGUGUUGAUAGAUUUUCCUGUUACUAUAGACAUAAUGAGACUUUUCCAGGGAGGCCCAUUGAUUAAGUACGACAAUAAAGGAUAUGCAAGAAUUGGGGUUAUGCCUCGUUAUGGAGAUGGAGAUUCAAUCAAAUGGUUUAAAGUUGAACCAAAUUGCACAUUUCACAUAUUUAAUUGUUUUGAAGAUGGAGACGACAAGGUUGUGGUGUGGGGUUGUAGAGCUCUGGAAUCAGUCCUGCCUUUUGAUAAUACAGUCAAAGACGGGUUGGUACAUAGUCGACCUUAUGAAUGGAAAUUAAACAUGCAAACUGGAGAAGUCGUGGAGAGAAAUCUCACAGCCGAUGCAGAGUUUUCCAUGGAAGUUCCUCUAAUAAAUGCAAAUUUUAUCGGUUUGAAGAACAAAUUUGGGUAUUCCCAAGUUUUUGACUUUGUGCCCAGCUCUAACGCAGACAAUAUGUUUAAAUUUGGAGGUCUAGCAAAGUUGCACUUUGAGAAGCUAGACAAAAAAGUUUCUUCGACGACAAGAGAAAUUGAUGAGGAGGUAAUAAAAGUGGAAUACCAUAUGUUUGAGGAGAACACGUUUUGUAGUGGAGCCGCUUUUGUCCCCAAAAAGGGUGGUCUUGAAGAAGAUGAUGGUUGGAUAAUCACUUUUGUUCACGAUGAAGACACCAAUAUAUCUCAGGUUUACGUGAUUGACACAAAAAAGUUUUCCCACGAACCAAUUUUCAAAAUUACUUUGCCAUGCAGAGUGCCGUAUGGAUUUCAUGGAGCUUUCAUACCAGUCUCGGUGUAGCAUAUGCUCCAUACUAAAGCAUAAUAUGAAAAUAUAUAAUAUUGUACAGGCCUAAUAUAUGUAUAAUUAUA